AUGGCCAUCAAACUGUUCAAAUGUAUCCCCGGCAAGAAGCCUCAUUACAAACUUUAUUACUUCGAUGCCAGAAAUUUGGCUGAACCCAUUAGACAGAUCCUAGCCUAUGCCAAAGUGGAGUUUGAGGACGUCCGAGUGACUCCCGAGGAGUGGCCAGAACUCAAACCCAAACUUCCCUAUGGCCAGAUGCCCGUUCUGGAGAUCGAUGGAAAACAAUUGGGAGAGAGCAGUGCGAUUGCCAGAUUCUUGGCUGAUAAAUACAGUAAGUGUAACAUAUCUUAUAGCUUGUAAUCAAAAUGUUAAAUAAUCAUCAAAUUUUAGAACUAUCUGGCCGCAAUGAAUGGGAAAAGGCCAAAGUCGGCGAAUUGGCCGAGAUUCUGAAGAACUUCCGCUCUGAAUUGACUCCUUGGCUUUACAGCAAGGUCGGAUUUACGGAUGCUGACAAGGUAAGCGUGCUGCGGCCGUAAAAUUUCUUAAAUUAAUUUUUGUUGGAGCACAUUUCUUCGCCGAGGCUGAAAUCUCUUUGGAUUUUGCUGAAACCACCUAGAAGGAGAUGAAAAUAUAUUUUUUAUAAUUCUCCCAUUGAUCUGUUAUUUUUGUAUUGUUAAAUCAAUUUUAACGUCAAUUUCUUCAGGCCGACGAGCGUUUUGAGUCCGUGGCCAAGCCCGUAACCAAGAAAUAUUUUGACAUUUUCUCCCAAUUCCUCCGAACUCAUCAAGGCGGCUUCUACAUUGGGAACAAGGAGACGUACGUCGACCUGGCGAUCGCGGAUUACAUCUUUACCAUCAACAAGAAUGCCCCCGAACUGUUGGCCGAGCAUCAGGAUCUUCUCCAGCACGUCGAGAGAGUCCAGAAUCUCCCUCAGCUCAAGAAAUACAUCGAGGAUCGUAAGGAUUCCCCUAUAUAAUCUCCCUUUUCCCACUCUCACAUCCGUUAAAGUGCCUCGAGAUCAGAGUUUUAUACUUCAUGGAUCAUAUCGAAUACUGCCGAGCUCUCGUCCUAUGUUGCUGACAUUAAGUUACCGUAAUCUUUUUUUACUAUAGUAAUAAAUCUUAAUCAACGUGCUAAAUAUGCUCAUAUUUUUAAAUGAAAAUAUUUUUACUCAAACUCGAAGACAAAAACAAGUUCUUAUUCCGGAUUUUGAUCAAAAUCAGCCGAAAUUUUAAUGAAACAAUUUAAAAAUCGCCGCUUUCAAGGGCGAAGCUUAUGAAUUACUCAAGUUUUUACUGCCGAGUAAUUUUAUUAGUAAUUGUUAUUUUAUGGGUAUUCGUGACCGUAUUUUAUGUCCUAAAACAAGGAACAAACGAUGGAAAGUUGACUGAUGCUGACAAUGAAAGGAUUCUUUACAGAGAAGUAAGUAGUUUGCAACCCUUGACGGGGUGAACAGUGCUUUUUCGAAAGUUUAGAUUACUCUUUUCAUCUCAGAGACAUCCUUGGCAAUAA